AUGGACUCUGAAGAAGGCUGGGGCUGGUAUAUGUGGAGUCGUAAGAAGCCACCUCCACAAGAAGACACACAAGGGAAUGCAGAUGCAAACGCAAAUACGAAUACACAUAUAGAAACACAUGAUAACACAAAUGAGGAGGAAACUGCGUUAGAGAACCAGGAGAGAUGGUAUCACCAAGUUUGGAACAAAAUUCCUUCAUUCAAGAGAGAGGACGAAGCUGAUUUCGUAAAUAACAUCAACUUCAAGAGUCAUCUGGACUUGAAUGCAAAACAGAUAGAUAUACUUAGGAAUGAGGUACAAACAAAUGUCAAUAAUAACAACCUUUGUAACAAUACUUGGGUUUGGUACAAGGCUUACAAUCCAUUGUCGAAGAAUUCGCAAGAUAGUGAAGGGGAAUUCCAUAAUGAUACUGAUGGCAUUGUGUCAAUGAUGAACACUGGUUCGAGUAGGAUACCGAUACCGUUUCAAACCUAUCCAUUUCCUACAAACCAAAAUGCAAUUGGAAAUAAGAUAUACAUAAAGAAGUCGCUCAUAUUGCCAUCUUCUUCACCCUCUGAUUACAUGCAUGAACUACCAAAACAAACCAAAUUUGCCAACUCUUUUAAAAAUUAUUAUAAUUAUCCACAUGAAAAUCAUUUAUACAUCAAAUCAGCUGCAUUUGAUAAAGAAUCAAAAUUGAUUAAGGACAAGGAAAAAAUACUAAUCAUCUCACUUGUGGGAAAUCUACCAGAACAUUAUGAAAAAUCAUCUAUUGGGUACCAGAGGAAUUCAAACUAUCUUUCCUGCAAACUUGCAAAUUCAUUAAUUGACAAGAAUAAGAACUGCCAAAUAGAAACUUUAUCUUUCCAAAGUCCAUUAAAUCUGAUAGACUUGAAUGAAGCUUUACAGCAAUGCAUAAGUUUAUUGAAAAACUAUGAAAACUUGUUUAAGGAAGUGCAAUCUAUAUUUUUUGUUGGUAUAUAUCAUAGUAUACCACUGCUUAUUGUUUUGGCAACGCAUAUAUUAAAGAGACAUAAUGUAUUAGAUUUUAAUAAGCAAACUAAUGUUGGGAUACUGGCAUUUGAGUCAAACCUAGAAGGAUAUCGCUUCUGGGAUCAUAAUAGUGAUCUGAAACAAAAUGAGGAUACAACUUCCAAUAAAAAUACUGCAACAAACGAAUCUAAUAAUAUCUCCGAACAGGAUAAAGAAAAUAAUGAAGAGAUAUUGUUUUCAGAAGAUUAUAAUAAAAUUCAACAACAAAGGGAGAAGCAACUAUUCCAGUAUGCUUCUAAAAGAGAACAAGAAGUCUUACAAAAUAUACGAUCUUAUAGAAAAUUAAAUUCAAUCGAAUCCUUGUAUCUCCAAAAAAAUUUGGACUGGUUACUAUACAAUUGGAAACCAUUUAGACUAACUUUAUUUGGUAAGUUAUACGAUAAUUUUAUGACAGUGUCUCAAAAGCUAGCUCUUGAUUUUAUCCAUCCUAAGAUUAUUAGAAACAUUUGGUGCGAUGGUAAGUAUCUAGAUAUUAACACAAAGUUUCCACAAAACGUCUUUGAAGAAGAUGUACAUUUAAAGAGUUUACAAUUUGAUUCAAAAAUCAAGCUACCAAAGAAAAGAUUAUUCGAAAUAGAAUUGAUAAAUGAUUUAUUGUUGUUAACAAAUUUAGGAUAUAAUGAUUUUCUUCCAUUUUUCAAAUCUAUAUCACCUUUCUUUAUAUCAAGAUCAUUUAAUGAUAAUACUCUACCGCCAACUGUUGCCAAAAAAUUAAACACCGAACAAAAAGCUUGGUUAAGUGAAAUGAAUGAUAAGUUCAAAAUUACAACUAAUAAUACAACAAAUAUCCCAAUAGAUAAAACCAAGCAAGAUAAUGCAAACAAUAAUAAUCAUGACCUUUACAGUUUACCAUUAGAAGUUUCAAGUUUAUUUCAAUUCCUAGAAUAUUGCUAUUACGAAGAUAUCAAGUCCAAUGGUCUUCUUAAAAUAUUCGAUAGUAUUUAUGAUGACGAUGAAGUUUAUAAAUGUUUUAUUGAAAAUACUUUAAACACGAGAGCACCUUUAUUCCAGAAACAUUUGACAUUAUCCAAUGAUCAUUCAACUCCAAAAAGCAUAUUCAGAAUAAUGAACCAGUAUGAUUUAGUGUGGAAACUCCACGAAGCACUAUCUGAAUUCUUAACGAUUAAAAAUUUACCUCAACAAGAACGUCAGGUAGAAAAACUAAAGUUUUUCAUAUCAGUCAACCUUUUCAACUCAUUUGAAACAAGUAUGAUGACCAAAGACGAAAAUAAAAAAAUAUUUGACAGAUCGAAUAGAGAGUCUCAAACAAGAAUAAGCAAUCUUUGGAAAGCUUAUCGCGACUGGGAUCCACAAACUACUGGGUUGAAACAAUUAAAAAAUAUUAUGAGUGUGUUUCUACUUUACAACAAUCCACAACAGUUGAUAAAUGACUUAAGCAAGAAGUAG